AUGCAAGAUAUUCCUAGAUGGUCACUAAUCAUUCUAGGACUAGAGCCAUUGUUGAGUUGCGAUAACUAUGCCAUAUUUGAUAUAUGCAUGACUCUGACCGGCAAUUGGGUCCCAUGUAGAUCUGGUAUAUGUACAACUCCUAUGCAGUUCACGUCUUCCCAGUUGAUUGCAAGUGAGAUCUUUCCUGUUUCUGUUGUGAAGGCACUUCUCUACCCUGGGGCCAUUGCAAGUGGCCUCAUUCAUAACAUGACUGUUCCAAGCUGGGGUAAUCUUUUAAAUAUCUAUAAUUUGACUGAAGUGAAGGAGGCCCCUGCAGUAACUGAUCUACAGCGUUUGGAGGUUCUUGCAGGAAGCUACUUCUCUGUGGCAGGAGCAAUAAUUGGAAUUCUAAAACCUGGGAGGAUGAGCAUGUUUGGGACACUACUGAUUAUUUGGGGCCUUGUCAAGGAAGGGAUCCUUGGAAAGCCAGUGAAUACUGACACUUCCAAAUCUGUUUUCGUCUACCCAACAAUGCUGAUUGCCCUGGUGUGUGCCUUAACUUCUGUAAAGUACGACGUGAAGAAGGUUAUGAGAAGUGCUCCAGCCAGACCCAUUGCAAAACCUCUGCAGAGCUCUUCAAAAUCUAAGCUGAAAUGA